AUGGGCCGACGGGAUUCUGCAGUCACUGGCCUGGGCAUUGAACGCAAGGACAUGCUCGAUGGUCUCGAACUCAACGAUUCAGUUCUUGGACCGUACGAGCGAUCAGUUCGACCAUUACGGAUACCUUAUCCGUCAACAUACCCUGCCAGAUUUUCGCCGGUAUCAUCGUCUGGCCCUGUAUACUAUCAACCGACUUACGGGGCGAGCCAGUCGUCCCAACGGCAGGGGCCCAUGUUACUGUUUUUCAUACAAUUCUACAUCUUCGCCUCGACGUUCUCUUCAAAGAUAAUUACCGCAUUGCCCGAAGCAGAAUCCGGUGGCACAAUUGCAACCCUACUCUUCGUCAUGGUCCUGACCUUCAACGGCGUCAUGCAGCCGCCACACGCCCUGUCCGGUUUCUGCAUUUUCGUGUAUCGCGUGUCGCCCUGA